GGAAUAGUUUCCAACAUCGUCAGCAUCUGCGUCUUCUUCAAGAUGGGCGUCCAGGAUUCAGUGACCCUCUCGUUCUUCUUUCUCUCCAUCUCCGACUUCGCCUACCUGUCCAUUACAACGGUCUGUGCCGUCUGCGCCAUAAUUGGGUACGGACCCGAUGGCCUGAAAAUCUACCCACUCAACGUUAAGGACUUCACCUACUGGAUCGCCGUCAUCUUCUACAACGUCGCCAUGUUUCUGCGCGUGUUUAUCGCCGUCGGGAGAUGCUGCCUCGUCGCACUGCCAUUGCAUUUCAAGAACAUGUUCACCAAGAGACGGACACUGUUGGUGGUCUACUUGAUCACACUAUCGGUGGUCGCCAUGCGGGUCCCGAUGCUGACGACCCAAAUCUGGGUGGGGGUCCCCGAUCCUAGGACCAACUCGACGAAUAUCGCACUGAGAAGAACCGAUGGCUACACGGUGAUACUGACGGUCCAGGAUAUUUUGAACCGCAACGUCAUAACCUGGUUGUGUUUUUUAACCGUCCUUCUCAGUUUCCUCAUCCUGGCGACGGCGCUCCGCAAGGCAGCCCGCUUCAGGCACUCCGCGAAGAGCACA